UUAAGGUUGCACGUUUGUUAACAUGUAAAGAUGGCUGUGUGAAUCUGACAGUUCAUAAAGAAAUUUUUUGGCAGUUUUAUUAAAGAAAUUGAAAUGGGUGCUCAACAAGGGAAAACGAGGAAGUUGACCCUUGAAAACGACGACCCUACCAGUGUUAUUAAAGUAUCCGAUGAUGUAGUUCAACGGCUUCGAUGUGCCGAAGCUAAACGGCGCGGUUCAAGUGGACAAGCGCCCCCACAACAAUUACACAGUCAUCAGAUAAUUUCAAACAAUCCUCCUCCUCCAUUCUAUCAUUAUGAGCCAACAUUUACAUCCUUACAAAUUCGGCAAGAAGCAGCUGAGAAACUUAGAAAAAAUGACGAAUAUUGGACAAGGAGAAUACAUGAUUUAGAAAAAAAUAAUGAAAAGAUGAGAAUUCUCAUGGAAGAGGAAUACAAAAAAGCUAUGGAUGAAAUGAAUUCAAAAACCAGUAAAUCACCGUUUAGCGAAAUGCCUUGUAUUAUGAAUAGAAAGAAAGUGAUGGAAUGUUAUCAGCAAUAUCCUAAUGAGCCAAUGCGUUGUGCCAAAGAGGUACAGGCAUUUGCUGCUUGUGUAGAUAUGAAAAGUAUCAAAGUUGUUGAAAAUAAACGUUAGAAAAUGUCUUUUGUGCAGUCAUGGUACACGGUUUGUUAAGUACCUAGUCGAUAACUGUAAAUAUAUCAUUAUUUCCUUAUUAGUUAUGCUUUUUUUUAUAAUUAAUAAAUUUAUAAAAGUUCUUAUUGCA